AUGUCGCACAGAAGUGUCCACCCCACAUCGUUCACCAUCAGGGAUAUAUUAAACAUGGGCUGCACUAACUGUAGCAAAGACAAGAGCUCAGACUCCGAGGAUCCAGUGCUGGAUGAGCUCUCGGGAAAGGCUGGGAUCGAUACAGAACACUGCUGUACGACCGAAACAUCGGCCGACUUAUCGGGGGCGGAGACUCCAAGCGAUAAGAUGCGAACACACAGCCCAGACCAGGAGGGAGAGAGCCGGGAGGACGCCAGGUGGUACAGCGACCAAGAGCCGCAGUCAGACGGAGACUGCCCCGAGCUGUGUGCGGGUGACAAGCUGGAGGACGAGCAGAGGUCCGGGAAGAAGAGGACCCGGGCAGCCUUCUCCCAUGCCCAGGUCUAUGAGCUGGAGAGGAGGUUCAGUCUGCAGAGAUACUUGUCUGGACCUGAGAGGGCUGACCUGGCUGCAGUCCUGAAGCUCACAGAGACCCAGAUCAAAAUCUGGUUCCAGAACAGGAGAUACAAGACGAAGAGGAAGCUGAUGGCCAAGCAGCAGGCAGUGAAGAGCCAUGAGAGCCAGGCCAAGCAGGUGGCAGUCCGGGUGCUGGUGAAGGACGACCAGAGACAGUACUGCCCAGAGGAUGCCAUCUGCCCAUCUCUGCUGUCCAUAUACCAGGCCUACCAGUAUUACCCCUUCAUAUACCGCCUGCCAGCCUGGUCACCCCACACCUAA